AUGUCGGAUUACGAGGACGAUAUGGACGUGGAUGCUCCGCCUAAAAGCGCAAUCCAGUUCAGUUCCGAUAAUACCAGUGGAAAAGCUAAGAGGAUUGCAUCAGACCUACCUGUCGAGGCUCAGGAUAAUCUUCCAUGGGUUGAGAAGUACCGACCAAACACUCUCGAAGACGUUUCGGGUCACCAGGACAUCUUAGCUACAAUUAACAAGUUUGUCGAUGCAAAUAGACUUCCACACCUACUUCUGUAUGGGCCUCCAGGUACUGGCAAAACCUCUACAAUCCUUGCGCUCGCAAGGCGGAUAUAUGGAAGCAAGAACAUGCGGCAAAUGGUACUCGAGCUCAAUGCUAGUGACGACAGAGGCAUCGAUGUUGUCAGAGAACAAAUUAAGACCUUUGCCAGCACAAAACAAAUCUUCUCCAUGGCCCCUCAGCCGACCUCCGGUGGAUCGUCACUUGCAUCAUACAAAUUGAUCAUUCUUGACGAAGCAGACGCUAUGACUGCGACCGCGCAAAUGGCACUCCGUCGGAUUAUGGAGAGAUAUACCGCCAACACUAGAUUCUGCAUUAUUGCCAAUUAUACCCACAAAUUGUCGCCUGCUCUCCUGUCUCGUUGCACACGGUUCCGAUUCAGCCCGUUGAAGGAGCAGGACAUCAGGUCACUGGUUGACCUGGUGAUUGAGAAAGAGAAGAUAAACAUUCAGCCAGAGGCCGUGGACAGCUUGGUCAAAUUGAGUAAGGGUGAUAUGCGUCGCGCCUUAAACGUGCUACAAGCCUGCUAUGCAAGCAGUAUACCGCUACCAAUGAAGAAUGCACCGAAGGACCAACCGCGUCCUGAAUCGGAACUGAUCACAAACGAGACGAUUUAUGAUUGCGUAGCCGCACCACACCCCUCCGACAUUCAAGAGAUCAUGACUACUAUUCUUGCUACUAGCGACGUUACUUCAUGUCUCAACACCGUGAAUACCUUGAAAUCGAAUAAGGGCCUGGCUCUGGCGGAUAUCCUUGCGGCCCUAGGCGAACAGCUACAACAACUAGAAGUACCUGCACAGACGCGAGUAACUUGGCUAGAAGGUCUGGCUGAGAUUGAGUUCCGACUUGCCGGUGGAGGCUCCGAAGCUAUGCAAACUGGUGGUCUGGUAGGAGUUGUACGAAAUGGAUGCGAGCUCAUGGGCGACAAGGGUACGUCCAGGAAUUAG